AUGCACCAGUCGCCCGACUCGCCGCAGAGCAGGGACCAAGGAUGGCUAUGUCAUUGGCUUGCCCUCGUAGCCCUGGGAGAGCUUUACAGCAGCGACAAAGAGACUCACGUUGAUCCUCAAGAUCCGUUGGGGCCUGCGGUGUCAGCCUCACUGGUCACUCCUGACCCACCAGGAGCAGAAUAUUACUAUCAGUCGGUAAGCCUUCUUCAGCAAGUCGCGGAAAAUCCGGAUGUGCAGUACAUCGAGACCUUGUGCCUUCUGGCACUUUAUGCCUUUUCUAUGAACCGGGUCAAUACGGCCUACAUGUACGUUGGAGUUAGUAUGCGGGCAGCAUUGUCACUGGACUUGCAUAGAAGUCCCUUUGACUUCCCGUCGGAGAGAUCGAGUCUAUCCCCUGUUGAAUUGGAGCACCAGAAGAGGCUGUAUUGGACAGUCUACUACCAGGAUCUCUUGACUACAAGCACAUCCGGUCGGCCCUGGGGCGUUCUUGACGAUGAAAUUACGGUCGACUACGCGGACUCCAGUCGCCUCUCUGGGGAAGCAUUGUCAGAGUUCUUUGACGCAGAGGAAUCGAAUAUCCACCUCGAACUCAUGCGCCUGCGAAGCCAGGCCUAUUCGUCAUUAUACGGCUACGCCGGAACCGCCAUCAACCCUUACUCACACAUUUCUCUCUUUGAUUUCGAACUUAGCCGUCCACUUUCGCAGCAACACUUGGACAAGAUAUGCGAGUUUCAUCAAGCGCUCCUUUGUUUUGAGAACGAGCUCCCUGUAAGCAUGAAAAUGGUCCAAGCAUGGGAUGGCUCGCGGGCAAAUAUCAACCGUGUGAAUGCACAUUUGUAUUUGAUCUACCAUCAGGUUUGA